AUGCUUCAGAAGUGUCGCCAACAACUGAAGAACACCAUUGAAACGCCACCAACGAUUGCCACCAAUUAUUAUGGCGCAUAUUGGCUCGCCGAGCAGAACGCAAAAAAUAUCGCGCAGAGCAUCGUUCAAGGCAUCAGCGAGCUCGGAAGCACCCAAGACAUUGCGUUGUGCACUCCGAGCACCUCCGCAAUGCCGAUAGCUCGUCCAGCUUCAUCGCUAGAAGCCGCACCACCUCACGGCGUGUUGGAGCCGGAAAUCGAAGCGCAAUUAUUGCAGCAGCGUCUCAACAUCAUCGAAAAACAAUUGGAAUUGAUCGAUCGAGCCGACGCCGAGAUAAUGCGCGUCGCGAAAAUUCAGCAGCAGAAGAAGAUCGAAGCGCUCGAGGAGAGUUUGAAGCGCAAAGAAAAAGAAUAUCGAGAAUUGCAGAAAAGAGGAUGCUCGCCACUUCCUCCGCAGGUUCCUCCGAGGAACGCGUUGCAACGAAAAUCCGAAACGCCGCCGCCGACGACGACGACGAUAAGCAUCAGAAGCCGACGAUGCAAUUCGUCUUAUCGACGUCGCCAAUCCGCCGUCGCCACAGCUUGCGAUGUGUACCCAAUUGAGCUCAUCGAGCCGAUCAGCGACGACGAUGAGCCGGAAUCGUCGAAAACUGCGAAUCGAGCGAAAAAGAAGCGAGCAUUGAGCUUCAACGAUAUUCCGGUUGAGGAAAUCAGCGAUUCGGAAGUCGAUGGAAUGGAAACUUGGGAAAAUUUGCGCAAAAAGGCGAGAAGCUUCGAGAACUCGAUCGAUGUGAAGCUUGUCUCGUUGAAUAAGCUGACGGCGAACUCGCACGGCGGAUUCGACAUUGAUGAGAAGACGGUCUCGUCGCGACAGGCGCUGUUUCGCACGCUCACCGCUGAAAUUGAGGGACUAAUUGAGCAAUUAAGCGCUACUAAUGAUGAGAUGAACAAAGUGGUGAACGCCGAAUCGUCGGCGUCAUGGUCGAACAAUCCGGCGAUUCAGCACACGCUUCGUCGUCACUACGAGAUUCUGCGCGAUUACGGAAGCGAGUUUCGACGAGCGCGCGACAACGUCGAGCAGGUGCUUCAAAGAGAAAUGCUGCUCAGCAGUACGAACGACACAAAAAAUGAGGGGCGUCUCAAUAAUCGCGCACGCGGAUACGAUAUGUAUUUAAAGGAGAACGAUCACAUCUCGUCGUGCGAGCGCCUUCUCGAUGAGCAGCUCGAUAUGGCGAUGUCGACGAAGGAGAAUGUCGCGAGGCAGGGAAUCAAUUUGAGAGGCAUCUCGAGUCGAUUGCAGCAAGUGACCAAAAAAUACCCAGCGAUCAACAAUUUAAUGCAGCGAAUAAAGACGAAAAAACAGAAAAACACGAUAAUUCUGUCGGCGGUCAUCUCAUUCUGUCUGAUUUUCACAAUUUACUGGAUUAUCAGCUGA